UUUAGGCAUAGUAGCACGUGUGUUGUGUUAUUUUUCAAAAUGUAAAAUGCUCUUGUUCGCAACAAAAUGAACAAAAUCGCUCGUAAAGUAACAAAAGGUAUUGCCCAACGAUGGGUACAGGGACAAGGGAUUGACAAAACAUUAAUUGAAGAUUAUGACAAAACACUGAAAGGUCUUUUCUUGGAUGGAGUAUCUAACAUCUCCAACACCAAAUUACGAGAAGAACUGCAAGACCAUGUUUAUUCAUACUUGAAAUACUUGAAAAGAUGCAUUGCUAAAUGUGGCUGUGAUGCAUCUAAGUGUCCAUCAGUACAGGAAGGCCAAUCAUCAUCUAAUGGAAGUAAGCCACUUGUUGCCGAACAAGAUAGUCGUAAACUUUGUGUUACAGCACUGAUGAAGACACUUAAGACGGUACCGACUGACAACAUUGAUCAACUUGUGCAGACUUUUGAUGAUGGAAUGACACUGUUGUCAGAAGAAAAACAUGGGCUUUCCUGGUUAACUCUCUUUGACAGGCUUAUUGUGGUUUCAGACAAACAGGGAAUCAGGAAAUUAUUGAACAUAUAUUUAAGCAAACUUGCUCCUGAAGUCGAUAAAUGUCUAAAUGAUCAUAAGAUCAAAAGAGCCCAAAAAUUACAUGAUAAUCUGAAGUGUUGUUUUACAGUUCUCAUGACAAGACGUAUUCAGAAUUUGCAAGAAAACAAGACUGCAAGAGCAAAAAUAAAAGACUUAAUAGCAUCUCUUAUGUCGUUAUACCUUGAUCUCGGUUCUCUUAUUAAUGGAGACGAAACAGACAAGGAGACGGUUGGGUUUAUGAGCUACAUUCUGACAGAGUUUGGAGCCAGCUGUCAUGAUGUGUUACUUCAGCAGACGGCAGAUUCAUCAUCACCUGUCAUUGUUCAGUUUGCUGGAUAUUGCCUUAAAACUGUUCCAGUUUUGAAUGACUGUGCCCAGUAUCUCCGCUACAUUUUGUGUGUUUCAAAGUUCAAAAAACAACAUCCAUUAAUAUUUGAGAAAGCUAGAAGUGUUCGUGCUCCCUUAAACUUCCUAGACUGGUUGGGUUAUCAGAACAGUGAAUUAACUGCGCAAAUGCCGGAUGAUAGAAAGUUCAAAGGUCGUCAGAUCACAAACUUCUUGCUGACCGAGUCUUCUGAAGAGCUAAACUCUCAGUUGUUAGAUGUUUUAACUGUAGACAUUUACAGUGUUCCGGAACACACUCAGAAAGAUGAAGCAGGAAAAGCAUUACAAACUACAAGUUUAAUAUCAUACAUUGACACACAGCCUGCUGUUGGUGAGAGCUUAGAGAAGGAUUUUAUGGAGACUUCCUUUUUUGUGGACAGAAAAGGCAAAAAGACCGCUGAAAAGAUGAUGGGAAUUGACAAGGAUCAGGAGUCUGAGAGUAUAGCUGCCUUGUCUUUAACUGAACAGCCAAGUGAAGGCUAUGAUCAUGACAAUACAGAUGAUAUGGAAGUAUACGAAGUUGAUUUGACAUCUUUAAUACCAGAAGCUGGGCAGAUUACAGAUUCUUCAACACCGCAGAUGCAAAGCAAAACUGAAAAAGGAAAGAAGUCUUCCAAAAAGCAAAAAGGCCAGAAAAAUGUUUCACCAGUGAAAAAGAUGGAACAGGUAUCGGAUUUGACAGAUGAUCAGACGGAUCUUGAGGUGGCCGAGAAGACUGCUGCCAUGUCAUUAUUGUCCGAACAGACCACCAAAACCUCUAGCCAUGACGACCAUGCCUAUAUGGAAGUGGAUCUUACAUCAGAAAGUGACCAAGCAGAUGAGUCAAUAAUUAAAAAAGUAAAAAAGUCCUCAAGAAAGAAAACUAAUAAAAGUGCUGAUGCAGUGAGAGUCGACUUCAGCACAGACGGAGAUGACAUCAGAAUUUUGUCAAAACAUUCAUCUCUCAAAACGAAGCAAUUGAUGAAAAAGAAGACAACAAAUAAAACACAACAGGCCAAAGACUACCGCGAUGACAUCAUCGCUGCCGCUGAUGAAGUUGAAAUACAUGAAGUGGACCCCGAGUCUGAAGUGGAGCAGGUUGUCAGUUCAUCCACUGUGGAUACAAGUGUUCUUCCACAAAGGAAAAUGGUGCCCCAGAACCAGAACCAGGAACAGAGCUUAUCUCCAGCUGGGAACAGUUGUGAUUCCAUCACACUUCACUUUACUUCAGACGAUGAAGAUGAUUUGACAUUUACUCACUUGAUUUCCAAAAUUUCAGACAACAUAGUUUCCCCGGUUAAAAGUCCAUCAGCAAAUAAGUCGAGACCUGCUCACAGUGUGAAGAAAAGGCCUCAACAUGUCGAAGAUUUGGAAGUAUUAGAAAUUAAGUCUGAUUCUGAUUCUGAUUCUGAUUCUGAUUCUGAUUCUGAUGCUGAUGUUAUUUUUGUUGUUGAAAGUUCGUCAGUAUCGAGGCUUUCUCCUAGAAAAAGGAAGCAAAAUAAAAAUGUUGAAAAUGGAAUUUCACCCCAAAAUGUGAGAAAACCUAUAAAUGACGGUGACUUUACUAACAGGGAUACCAUAAAUCUUUCAUCUGACCCUGAUGGUUCCUGGGUUUUGAAGUUGGAUGAGACAGAAGUGACAUCUUCUGACACUAAAAAGGUGACACAUGAUGAUUUGGUGGCCAGCUCGGAAAAUCGGUCGAGAAAAUUAAAGAACUUGGCACAAAGCUCUGUUUCAAAAUUAAAUGUUGUUUUAUUGGAUGAUGAUACUGAAAACAGUACAAAUCAUAGUCCAUUUAUAUCAAGAAAGGAUACAGAAAAAGUUGAAACAAUGCCUGUCAGUUUCAGAACAAGGUCCAUUGUACACGGUAACCAAACGUCAUGUGUGUUAUCCAAAAUUGAACCAGAAAUGGAAAAUAAAAGCAAAUAUUCUCCAAAAAGAGGUACUAAGCCAGAUAUUGUUGAGCAGAAGUCUCCCAAAUUAGGUUCUCCACCUAGCAGUGUUGUUUCCUCCACUGUCUGUCUGGACUCAAAAGGACAAAGAACAAGACUUCGUUCUCACAGCGGAGAUGCUUCUGACAUUGUAACUACAUCUCCAAAAGUAAAGUCUCCACAGUCUAAAUAUCUUAGUUCCCCAUCUAAAAGCAAUGAUUUGGCCAAAACAAGAACACAUUCUCCAUCAAAAAGCUGUGACUUGCCUAAAGCAGAAAUAAAUCUUACAUCUAGUAGUGAAGGUUCACCCCAAAGAAAGUCACCUCGAUCUAAAGGUAAACAUUUAGCAAAAACAGUGAAAACCCCUCCACCUGGGAAUAAACUGUCACCAGACAAAAAGAUAGAUUAUAGCAGUGAGUAUUCUCCCAAAAAUAUAAAUGUACAACGAGACAGUCCAAAGAAAGAGGCUAUUAAGGAGGAGGAGGCACGAGAGUCUGAUGAAGGUGCAGCCAGGAAAUCGAUUUCAAGGAAGAGGACUUCCCCAGAUUCCAAGGACAGGAGCUAUUCUUUGAGAAAUCGUAUUUCUGCCUCAUUCUCUACUCCACAGCCACAGACAAAACGCAGAGUAAAUGAAGAGACACCGACAAAGAAAGCCAGAGUGUUUGACUUCAAAGAUGAUUCGCCUAUGCACAAGGAUAACAAGAAACAAAGUGCAUCAAGCCGAAAAUCUUCCUCAGCAAGUGAAGUACAGCCAAGAAGAUACUCAUUGAGGACAAGAAGAAAAGCUGAUUCCUGAUUUAAUAAACGUUAAAUAGGAAAUAAUAUACACUUACCACAUUGUUACCAUAUGUGCAGUUUAUUACUGAUAGACGACACUUUUGCAAAUGAUACUCUUAUUGUUUUGUUAUACAUGCUUGUUAUUCCUGGAGAAUUAUUGAUGACGUGAUCAUGAUUUAAGUGAUUGCUGGACAAACAUGAAAACAGUUGUAAAUUGUUUUUAAAGAUAAAACAUAGGCUUCGGAAGAUGACAGCAACUAGGAUGCUAAUUUGUCAAAUUGAGUUUCAACUGGGGACUGCCAUGACUCGUAUAUUAAAAGCCAUGGUAUGUGCUCACCUGUCUGUGGGAAGUACGUAUAAGAGAUCCAUUGCAGCUAAUGGUAAAAUUUUGCAGGUUUUCUCUGAAGUCUACAAGUCAAAUUAGCAAAUGUUUGACAUCCAGUAGUCGGUGAUUAAUAAAUCAAUGUGCUCUAGUUGUGUUGUGAAACAAGUCCAUCUUUAAAAUUUAACUUUCGACUGGGUGGGGGCCAAUGCAUAUCUUCAGAUUUGGAGGACGGCUAGUG